AUUCCCCUGAACUAGGUAGGGCCUUGCCUCUGCUUGGAGUUUAGGUUACAUUGUCUAACGCUAUCUCGUCCCUUUGCUGUCUAUUAGGUCCAUAUCGCCAUUAUUAACCAUGGCAGACGACGAAUUAGAAGCAAUUAGGCGGCAAAGAAUGGCGGAACUUCAGGCAAAGCAUGGGGAUCCUUCCAAAAAUCAGCAGCAAGGAGAUGAGGCCAAGCAAAGAGAAACGGACAUGAGGAACUCUAUAUUGUCUCAAGUUCUGGACCAGUCUGCCCGGGCUAGAUUGAACAAUCUUGCUUUGGUGAAGCCGGAGAAGGCCAAUGCUGUUGAAAACUAUCUCAUUCAAAUGGCCCGUUGUGGAUCGUUGGGAGGAAAGAUUUCUGACUCGGGUUUGAUCGAAAUUCUAGAAAAAGUCAUUCAGCAAACAGAGAAGACAACUGUCAAAUUCAACAGGCGUAAGGUGAUGGACUCCGAUGAGGAUGAUGAUGAUAACUAAGUUGAAAUGGGAACUGUGGAACAAGCCAAGACAUCUGGAGAGGAUAUGCUUCACUGAGACUGAUACCAUCUUUGAUCUGUUCGCUGAAUCCUGGGAUGCCACACGAACCUCUGUGUGUCUCUGGAAACCACAUCAUACAGAGUUGAUAUUGUGGCAUCAUGGUUGGGGGGUGGGGUAAAAGUUGCUAGAGGUUUGCUCUGCCCUGUUUGACUCCUCAAGUUCCUCUCUGUAGUAACUUUUUUUUAAUUUUUUUUUUUUUACCAUGUUUGGCUUCUGUUCUUCAGUCACAAAAAGCUUGAUAAAAUACAAGACACACUUAUUUUAUCCAGCAUGUUCUGUGAAAACAAAACAUUGUUCGGUAUUUAGGACCAGCAUACCAUUAACUUUGAUUUUUGCGCUUUGAUAUUUUCUUGUUGCUGACGUAAAAAAAAUAAAAAAUGUAAAGAAGCCGUAAAUUAAAAUGUUUGUUUUUCUACUGAA